AAGCAUCAAGGUCCAGAACAGGUUUGAGAGCUAGAGAUGGGAAGCUUCCAAAAGAUGGGGGGCUGAGAAGUGUUGGGGAGUGGGGGUGAGGAACAGCUGGAAGGCUUGAGAGGAGUCAAGACUUGGCAGAGAGAAAACGGAGAGAAAGGACAGGUGGCCCCUCCCUGAAAAAUUCUUUUUGUUGUCCAAAUAUCUACACCAUUCCCCAUAGCCCCUUGUCCCCAACCCCCAAACAUCCCCUGGGUGAGCCUGUGCCUGCUCCUGGGCAAAUUUUUGAGUCAAGUGACCUUUGGGGGGAGAGUUGGAUUCAGAGAGAAAGAUAAGUCUCAGACUCCCAGGGCCCCUCCCCCACUGUACCAACCGCAAGACAGGAAAACAUUCCUUUCAAACCCCACACAUUGACUUUCCCCUUCCAGAGCCAAACCCUUACAGACUCCAGAGAAUGGACCUCAGCCCCACUCCUCAUCCAAGCGUCCUUACCUUUCCUUCCUCUUUCUCUCUUUAUUUUCAGAGUGGUUCUAUGAGUUGGCCUCCGGGAACCAGGCCACCUGGGCUAGGAUGCCACUGAAGGCUGGUGCUGCCCAGCCUUGGCUUGACCCAGCAGGGAACCAGGCAGCUUCAACACAGCUCAGUCAUGAUGCACCACCAGGGGGCGCAAGCUUAAGCCAUCAUCUAAUGGCUGCCCAGCGUAUUUCACCAUAGCUGUUGGCGACAAAUAAGCAGCUCUGGCACAUGAGCAUAUGCCAGCCUGCGAGUACACAAUAUUCACUCACAUGGACCAUCACCACGACAACCCCUCAGUUUGGAAGAACCUAGGCCUGCCCCAGGUGUAUAAUAAUUCUGCCCAGAUAGUUCCAAACUACAUCGGAGAAGGAUCCGCAAAUGCUCCAGAGCGGUUCCCUGAGUUCUGGGGGGCGACGGAAGGAGACAGGAAAGAGCAGGCCCGGGUGCAGGGUUUGGUGUCAAGGGUUCCAUCCCUGACUGUCCUUCUCCGCCCCGCCCCCGGGGUCUCCAUUCCCCCUGCCCUGCCCCACUACUUUGAGUCGAGAAGUAGCUCGGAGCUCCAGGGUCCCCUCUCUAGAGCGGCCGCCCCCUCGGGCCUCUCCGGAACCCUCAAAGAGCCGAGUGAGGAAGCGAGGACCUGCCAGGGGCAGCAGAUCGCCGGCGGUGAAGAGGUAGAGCACCGGGUUGACGCUGGAGCUGAAGAAGGCCAAAGCCGUCGUUCCAGCUCUCGCCGCUUGGCCCGCCCCGCCGAGCCUCGCCAGGGCCCCUUCGGGCGGCGCCAGCGCGGCCACGGCCUGCAGAAUAUUGACCGCGUGGUAGGGCGCCCAGAGCAAGCCGAAGGCGAGCACGAUGGCGCUCACCAGCCGGCCCACCCGCGUGCCGUGCCGCCCGGUGCGCCAGCGGGUGCCCCGCAGCCGCGCCAGCGUCGCGCUGUAGCAGCUGAGCACCAGCCCGAAGGGAAGCACGAAGGCCGUCAGAGUCUCGAGGCUCAGGUGCGCGGCGGCGUGGGCCGGCGACGGGUGGCACAGCUGGCACAGGUGGUCCCCCCAGAGGUGGCGGUAGACGGCGGCCGGCACGGCGAGCAGCAGCGCGGCAAGCCAGACGGCGAGCAGCAGGCGGCGGGCCAGGGCCGGACUGCGCAGCCGCGGUGCCAGGAAGGGGCGCGUGACGGCCAGGCAGCGCUGCAGGCUGAGCAGGCUGGUGAGCAGGACGCUGGCGUACAUGCUGAACGCGCACACGUAGUACACGGCCUUGCAGCCCGCCUGGCCCAGAGGCCAGGCCUGCCGCGUCAGGAAGGCCACGAAGAGCGGCGUGAGCAACAGCACCGAGCCGUCGGCCAGCGCCAGGUGCAGCACGAGCGUGGCCGCCAGCGGUCGCCCCCGUGCGGGCCGCCAGCCCGCCAAGCUCCACACCACAAAGCCGUUGCCGGGCAGCCCCAGCAGUGCCGCCAGCAGAAGGAAGGCCGAGCCUGUGCCCCAGCACAGCAGAGAACCACCCGGCCCAGGACUCUCCUGCGCCUUCCGGCCACCAUGGAGUACCUCUCCGCCCUCAACCCCAGCGGCCUGCUCAGGUCAGUAUCCAAUAUGAGCUCUGAGUUUGGCCGUAGGGUCUGGACCUCAGCUCCACCACCCCAGCGACCUUUCCGUGUCUGUGAUCACAAGCGGACCACCCGGAAAGGUCUGACAGCUGCCACCCGACAGGAACUGCUAGACAAGGCAUUGGAGACCCUGCUGCUGAGCGGAGUGCUGACACUGGUGCUAGAGGAGGACGGGACAGCCGUGGAGAGCGAGGACUUCUUCCAGCUGUUGGAGGAUGACACGUGCCUGAUGGUGCUGGAGUCCGGGCAGAGCUGGAGCCCCAUCAGGAGCAGGGUGCUGUCUUAUGGUCUGGGCCGGGAGAAGCCCAAGCACAGCAAGGACAUCGCCCGCAUCACCUUCGACGUAUACAAGCAAAACCCUCGAGACCUUUUUGGCAGCCUGAACAUCAAAGCCACAUUCUACGGGCUCUACUCCAUGAGUUGUGACAUACAAGGACUCGGCCCAAAGAAAGUACUCAGGGAGCUCCUCCGAUGGAUCUCCGCUCUGCUGCAAGGCCUGGGCCAUAUACUGCUGGGAAUUUCCUCCACCCUUCGACAUGUGGUAGAAGGGGCUGAGCAGUGGCAGCUGCAGCGUCAGGGUCGCCUCCAUCGCUACUGAGAAGGGGCUCUGAGCUUCUGCCACUACUCAUUCCAAGAGACAGACUGUAAGGACUCUGACAACAUCAAGUUUGGGGACCCGCAGACUUGUGCAGACAGUGCAGACCAGAUAACUUACCUGAUUCCCCCAGUGUCCUCUGACCCCAUUGUAACAGACUCCAUCAGCAUAAUGCCUUACACCCCUAGCCUAUGCCUAUUCCUGAAGAAUGCUGUCCCUGCCUAGCCAUCUCUCCAGCCUCCCACAUAGCCUGAAAGGCCACAAGCCUGGCCCCAGGCAUCUUGAUCCCUCCCUGACUGCUGCUACAUCUAGAUGUCCUUACAACUCUUCCUUUCCCUAAGCUCCCCAGUGCACUGAGGGCAGCCCUCUCUGACUUUACCUUGACAUCUCUAUUUGUUUGAAACCUUCCCCCAAAAAAUAACAAACACAUGUCCAAUAAAAAUAUAAAAAUGUUUAUCAAUAA